GUUAAGGCUCGAUGGAGGAUUGAACGACCACCCUUCACCUCUCACUCUUAUUUAUCGGCUGAGAGGCUUGUUGUUAUGUAAAAACCCCGGCAUGAUUCAGGAAAAAACGAAUACUGUUGUACCUCCUGAAGAGGAAUGCGACUUUUUGGUAAGGGAUACUUUCCAGCAGGCUGAAUUGACAUCAGACAAGCGUAUUCCAAGGCCAGAAGAAGAAAUUGCCGUAGCAGAGGAUGUCUCCUCCAAAGCCAGCUCUACCUCUGUAUCGUUAUCAGAUAAGUUGACUAACAUGGAAAAGGAUGGAUUAACCUACAUAGCCGGUGCUCUUGCCAGGAGACUUAAAAAUAGGUUUCCAUACUUAGGACAGUACACAAAAGAUGGCAGUGAAGUUGAAUUUCAUGAACAUAAUUAUUGUCUACCAACGUGGAUAAGCCACUUAUCCUAUGGCGGCUUAAUUGAACCAUCUUCUAAGUGGUUCUCUCAAGUACUAAAAAUGGAAAAGUAUUUUAGGAAAUUACAUAAGGAAACUUUUAAAUUCCGGAAAAACGUUGUGAAAAAUACUAUUUCUUACGUUUCAAGAAAGGUUUCAUCUCUGAACAUUGACCCAGCUCUUGUGAAAAUUUUCUGCUCUACUCGAGUCGUUGUAAGGAUUAGAUUUUUAAAUUUUAGGAGACAGCAAAUGUUAGAAGCAAAGAGAGCGCAGAAGAUCCUUGAGGAAAAAAAAGCCUCGGAAAGUGCUGCCAGUGCUAAAACGCAGACCUCCGAAAGUGUUCCCAAACUAGGUGAAAAGAGGAAGUCUACUGUAAACAGAAGCAAUAGCAGAAAAAGGCAGAAAACUGCUGACAAACAGGCUACUGAAAGCACUCCUGAAACAGGUCAGAAGAGAAAGUAUUCUACAGAUAGGAAAACAGUCCGGAAAAUGCGGAAAAUUGUAAAGUAGGCUAUUGUUGGUCUCUCAUUUUGUGCUUUCAUUAAUUUUUUAUUUUAUUUGUCGGAAUAGAUUAAACUAUCUAAGAGCUUACUUUUGUGAAUUUUUAGGAAAUUAAUUUUAAACCAACAUUCCUAAUCGAAAA